AUGGUGUCCAUUGUCACCGAGGCAUGGGCGCUCGCCGGAUGCGGCCCGGCGUCCAAGGCUGCGGCGGUGGCGACGCAAGAGUUGCCGGUGCAGCAGCAUCCUCCUGCUUUUGCAGCAGCAGGGAAGACCAAGAAGAGAGCCGUGUCGUUCAGAGGCGUCAGCAGCGGCGGUGGUCAGGACCACCGGCGUGAGGCCGCCGCCGUCGUCGGCCGGCGGCGCGGCCUCGCGUCGUGCGCGCUCGCCGCCCUCGCCGCCUCGUUCUCCCCGCUCGCCGCCGACCGUGCCGCGCGGGCCCUCGUCCUCGAGGAGGACGACGACAUCGAGCUCCUGGAGCGCGUGAAGGAGGACAGGAAGAAGCGGCUGCAGAAGCAAGGCGUCAUCAGCUCCUCUGGCACCGAGACCGGAUAUUUGCAGGACCUCAUCUACAAGCUGAGCAAAGUUGGGCAGGCCAUUGACAAGGAUGAUCUCCCAGCCGCAAGCAGCGUGCUGGGACCAAGUUCAGACGCCCAGUGGGUGCAGAACAUCAAUGUGGCUUUCUCCAAGUUCAGCUCAAGCCCAGAGGAGAGGAACGUUGUUGACAGCUUCAACAGCUCACUGGCCACAUUGUUUACAUCAGGUUUCAUGGAUCCUCUGGUUUCAGUGAACAAGCUCGACGCUGAAUCCUCAAAGUCGGCGUUCGUGUCGUCUGCAACGGCGUUGGAGAAAUGGAUAGCGUUAGCCGGACUGGGUGGCCAGCUCAAAGGCUACUGA